AUGGCUGAAAAUACUGAUUGUAACGAAGAUAUAUUAAACACAAACCUAACGGGUUAUUCGGACACCGAUGAUGAUGAUGUCGAUGAUAAUGUCGAUGAUAAUGUCGAUGAGAAUAUAGACACCCUAGAAAAUGAAAAUACCGAUCAGCCGGAAGUAGAAGUAGAAGUAGCUGAAGAAAACACAGCUAUUCAACCCGGUGAAGAUGAAAAUAUUUCCGAUUUUUAUCACAAUUUUGAAAAUGAUGCGUAUGAUGGAGAUGAUGAAAAUGAUCAAGUAAUGCAAGGUUUUUUUAAACAGAUGCUAUAUUUACAAGAACAAAUUGAAAAGAAAAAGAAAGAAAAUCGUCUCCUACCUUGUGUUUCUAAUUUUAUGAAAUUAGAUUUUGAUGAAAGAAGUCAACAAAUUUCUCCGACUAUCACACGACAUCUAUUACACGUGUGUCGGUUAAUUAAUCACAAUAAACUCGAUAUUAAAAUAGAUCAUGGUGACCGCGUUGUUUUAGAACAUAUUAUCGGUAAAGAUUGUCCAAAGAAAGAUAUAAAAUUUACGCUUGUAGAAGAUCUACGCAUUCUGGGUCAUAUUCGGAAAGCUGUUAGACAACUGGAGCUGAUCAAGAAAACGCAUAAAAAAGAAAAUGGGCGAAGAAGUGAAGCGGUUAGCGUUAAUCGACGCAAAUAA